AUGGCUGCAAACCUUGUCUACAUGUUGCCUGAGGUUCUUCCCGAUCCAUUGGAAAGCUCUUGCAGGUUUUGGCCUAUCUGGAAUAUGAGGAAUUUGCUUGAUGUUGGGCUUGGCUGGCCCUGUGGGCCUCAGGCCACUGACGAAAAACUCUCCCAACACAUUUAUUUCACAAAUUGUCAAAGCAUUAUCUUGGUGAAAAAUGGCUCUAAAAAAUCUAGCAAACUUCCUCAUGCAGCAGCUUUGAAGCAUAUUCUGGAAAGAUGCUCAAGCUUUGGGAAGAAGAAUGGCUACAAUAAUGAAGAGGACCUUCCUGAUGAUGUGCCAAAAGGCCAUUUUGUUGUCUAUGUGGGAGAGAACAGAAGCAGAUACGUCAUUCCCAUUUCAUGGCUGGCUCACCCGAAGUUCCAAAGUCUGCUUCAAAGAUCUGAGGAAGAGUUUGGCUUUAAUCAUGAAGAAGUUGUGUUUAGGUCUCUAACGUCGAUGACCAGAUCAAGUUAUGACGACUGAAAAUAGGGUUCUUUGGAAAUAUAAACUAACUUCUGCUACAACUAAUUUGAGGGAAGAGAUUCAUUGAUCGUAGCCUAUAUAAUCAGCCUUUUGACAAACUUUUUACUCUCUAGAACGGCUGGCGCUUUAUGAUAUGUUUGGCUGCCCGAUAAAGUAGAUAU